AUGAGUCUCCCUUCGGUUCAUUACCAAUUGGCUACAGCAAAAGAGUUGCGCCCUUUCGAGUACACUGCCCCCUUGUCGAAUCAUGAAUUAGUCGGCUGCCAUGCAGAAGGGGAGGUCGGGGACGUGAUCGUAGGCGGUGUGCUCGACGCGCCUGGCUGUAAAACAAUGUACGAGAAGAUGAUGUACUUCUGGACCAAGAAGGACAGCCUUCGAAACAUGCUUCUCCAAGAACCUCGAGGUCGAUCGUCAAUGUGUUGCAACCUGGUCCUGCCGCCAUGCGACCCGCGUGCGGACGCUGGGUUCCUCAUCAUGGAAUCCGAUGAAUAUGCCCCAAUGUCCGGAUCAAAUACUAUCUGCACAGUAACGGUCCUGUUGGAAACGGGAAUGAUCCCCAUGCAAGAGCCCAUCACCAAGUUCAACCUGGACACCGCUGCAGGGUUAGUAGGCAUCACGGCUGAGUGUGAAGCGGGGAAGUGCAAGUCUGUUGCAUUCGACAACGUGCCGGCUUUUGUCUUUGCUCUGGACAAGCCCGUCGAGGUGCCCGGAUUAGGUACGAUCCUCGUCGACGUUGCCUGGAGUGGUAUGAUGUACGCAUUGGUCGAUCCAGCAUCGUGUGGCUUGACCAUUGGGAACCGUGAUGCCUCCAAGCUUAUCGAAAUCGGUGAGAGGAUAAAGAGAGCGGUGCAACAACAGUUUGUCCCCGUCCAUCCGGAGAACCCUGGGAUUCGAGGAGUGACGAACUUUGUAUGGAGUGGCCCAUUCGAGGACGCCCCAGAUGGCAUCAAGACGGCAGUGAAUACCGUUGUGGUGUCCCCGGGGAGAUUCGACAGAUGUCCAUGCGGUACCGGCACUUGCGCGAGGAUGGCGGUUUUGCACGCCAGAGGUCAACUUGAGGUGGGCGAGACCUUUCGGCACAAGAGCAUCAUCGGGACUGAGUUCAUCAACCAUAUCAGAGGCACAACCAAGGUCGGAGAGUAUAACGCCAUCCCCCCUACCGUCAAGGGUCGUGGUUGGAUCACGAGUUUCAAGCAAAUCGUACUGGACCCGACAGAUCCAUUUCCUGAGGGAUUCCGUGUAGCCGACCAGUGGCAUAUGCCCGUCGAUUCCUGA